GAAGGGGUUGAAUUUCUACCAUUAACGCGCCUUUUUCCAUUUUUUUCCCCCGACCUCCUUCUCACAUCCAUAAAUCUCACUGACUCUUUUACUACACGUUGUUUGAGAACAAGACAUUUUCUAGGAAGAUGGUGGCAGAAAAAGAGACCCUGAGCUUAAACAAAUGCCCAGCCAAGCUGCCGACGAGGACCAAGCUCCUGGCCCAGCAGCCGCUCCCGGUGCACCAGCCUCACUCCCUGGUUUCUGAGGGCUUCACAGUCAAAGCCAUGAUGAAAAACUCAGUCGUGAGAGGCCCUCCAAGUGCAGGAGCAUUCAAAGAAAGACCCACCAAACCCACAGCGUUUCGAAAAUUUUAUGAACGAGGAGACUUCCCAAUUGCCCUUGAACAUGAUUCGAAAGGAAACAAAAUAGCGUGGAAGGUAGAAAUUGAGAAGCUGGAUUACCAUCAUUAUCUGCCUCUGUUUUUUGAUGGGCUCUGUGAAAUGACAUUUCCCUAUGAGUUUUUCGCUCGGCAAGGAAUCCACGACAUGCUGGAACACGGGGGGAACAAGAUUCUUCCUGUCAUUCCACAGCUCAUUAUCCCGAUAAAAAAUGCCUUGAACCUCCGGAACCGACAGGUCAUCUGCGUCACUCUUAAAGUCCUACAGCAUCUGGUCGUGUCAGCUGAGAUGGUGGGUGAAGCGUUGGUGCCCUACUACCGUCAACUCCUUCCCAUCCUGAACAUCUUUAAGAAUAAGAAUGUGAACUCCGGGGACGGCAUUGACUACAGCCAGCAGAAGCGGGAGAACGUCGGCGACUUGAUCCAGGAGACGCUGGAGGCCUUCGAGCGCUACGGUGGCGAAGAUGCCUUCAUCAACAUCAAGUACAUGGUCCCCACCUACGAGUCGUGCUUGCUGAACUAGUGGGGAGGCAGCUGGGCUGGGCGGAGGGGUGCUCCCCGGGGUCCUCCCCGCCACCCGUCUCUGCCGCUGCUGGCAUCUCCUUAUCCGCGACUUCGGCCGCUCAGCGCUUCCACAGCUGCCCAAAUAGCGGCUCACGGGCCCUCGGAUUGUUAGCCCUUUGA